AUGAGGCGGAUGUACCCGACCAGCGAAGAGGCUUUGAACCUGAGAGCACAGCUGGUUGGGCUGUGGUUCCUGGGGAUGUCCCUCCAGAUGAUAUCGCACAGCACAGGACUGAGCAUCUCGACGGCCUACCGCUGGAUCAAGAGGUGGCAGCAAGAGGGCCACCUCCACAGUCGCACCAGAGCCAAGAGGAGGUCCUUGGGAACUUCCCCAGCAGGCGGACAGCAUCAGAGGCCUAACCCGGAUAUAUGCAACGGGUGCCUCCGACGAGUUGUUAGCAAAUACGAUUAUUUGCGAAGAUUUGAAAGACAAAACACAGGUCCGUCAGAUUUGAUCGAAGAGGCGUCGGGUGCCAUGCGAGCUGUCUUCAUGGAGUCAGCACUCAGAGACUAUUUCCUCUACAUCGUAACCGAUGGUAGUACCACUCAGGCAGCGAAUACGUCUAAGCUUGCAGGAGGAAUUGGGACUUACAUGGGAAAAGCUUCCUUCGAGGUACCCCCCUCUCAUUGGGACGGUUCUGCCUUGCCCUCGUAUAUCCAUCGGCUGAGCAGUGAAACGAACAAUCCAUGCAUCGUUUUAGCGAGCAACGAGAGGGAUUUCUUUUCUGAUGUCUUAGGAUCACUGUACGAGAGGAACCUCCUCGUCUGGUCUACGAGAGUCCUAAUCAUCACGAGGCUUCCCAUGAAGGACCUCCAACCAGUGGCGGAUAUACUUUCGAAAGUCAACGGCAUGGUGGUACUCGUCCCCACUCAAGGAGGUCACCAGAAAAAGUACAGGAUUUAUGUGUACAUUCCUUACAGCCAACGAGCCCUAGAAAUCGCUAUGUGGAGCCAGGACACCGGCCUGAGUUACAAAACAGAGUAUCGCAUGUUUCCCAAUAAAUUUGACAGACUAAUAGACGGAGGGCACUUGAAAACCACGGCAGAAAUAUACGCUCCGCACAUAAUGCUAAAGAGGAAAUCGAGGACUGGCGAUAAACAUCCACACAACCCUUUUUAUGGUCCGGUUGUCGAGCUCUUCAACAUUCUUAUCUCGAGGAUGAACUUCACGUACACAGUGACCCGACCACCAGAUGGCGCUUGGGGGUACAGAUACCCCAAUGGAACGUGGAAUGGCAUGGUGGGGAUGCUUAAGCGAAAGGAAGUAGACUUGGCAUUCGUUCCAUUCAGCGUCCUGUACACUAGAGCCCAAGUCCUGGACUACACGGCAACGCUCAUGAUCGACUACGGCAGGAUUCUGGCUCGGAAGGGCAAGACCGAAAUCAAUCCCUGGGGAUUCCUGAUGCCCCUCACGCCAGGCGUAUGGCUCUGUCUUCUGUCUUCUCUGGGACUGGUCAUGGCCGUCUCUUUUACUAUUUCUUCAUUUAUGCAGAAAUAUGAGUGGCCUUCAGAGUUUUCCUUAAGAAAUUACGUAAGAAUUUUCUUAAUCCAAGAUCUGGAAGAUAAAUCCGUCAAAGACGUAGCCAGAAGCAUCCUGGCAGCAGCGUGGAUGAUAGCACUGGUGGUCGUGAUGGAAAGUUACGCUGGGAAUCUGAGGUCUCUUCUGAUUGUCCGUUACGUACCGCAGCCGUACCACAGAGUUCGAGCUGUGUUGGAUGACCCUCGAAUCACGGUUCUGUGGAUGUCGGGAGGUUCAUAUCAGCAGAUCUUAUACAGCAUUGAAACGGGAGACUUCAAAGAGCUGGCAAAUGCGGAGCAGCGCAAGAUUUCCUACUUGGAAUUUACCAAUUUCGAGGACAAAGUCAUCACCAAAGUGUCCCGUGGGGAUCACGUCAUGAUGUGGGAGGGGCUUGCUCUCGAGAUCAUAUUGACUCGUCAUUACUCGGAGACGGGGACCUGCUUAUUCUACCUCUCCAAGGAACGGUUCUUCCCCCUCAUGAGUGCUAUGGGAACCCAGAAAUUCAGUCCCCUCAUCCCAGCUCUUAAUAAAAGGAUCAUGCGGGUCACCGAAAGUGGACUUUAUUACCAGUGGAUCAAAGGCGAAAUGAAAAACUUCACCUUCUGUGCCAACGCUCCCACUACAAUACUUGUGCAGUCGUCAUUGUCUCUUAAUAAUCUUUGGAAGGAAACGCACGAUGAGGCGGAUGUACCCGACCAGCGAAGAGACUUUGAACCUGAGAGCACACCUGGUUGGGCUGUGGUUCCUGGGGAUGUCCCUCCAGAUGAUAUCGUACCUAACAGGACUGAGCAUCUCGACGGCCUACCGCUGGAUCAAGAGGUGGCAGCGAGAGGGCCACCUCCACAGUCGCACCAGAGCCAAGAGGAGGUCCUUGGGAACUUCCCCAGCAGGCGGACAGCAUCAGAGGCCUACCCCGGAUAUAUGUAA